AUGGCGGACUACAGCAAGUGGGACAAACUGGUCGACAGCGGCGACGAGGCGGAGCCUGGGCAGCUCAGCCGCCAGGAGCAGUGCGAGAUGCACCUGGUCCGUCAGGAGGAGAUGCAGCAGUGGCUGCGGCGGCAGAUAGCCAGGCUGGACGAGCCGGGUGCCAAGCGGGCUCCCGGACGGCACCCUGCCGCCUCCAGCAGCUUCGAUGACGACGUCUACGGCGGCAGCAGCGGGCCGCCUGAGCUUGACAAGUUCGAGGCGGCCCCAGUCAGGAAAUUGACGAAGGAGGAGCGGAAGAUUGUGGCGAUGUUUUGCGUAGUGAGCCACUUCGACGAUGGCCAAACGAACCUUGAGAGGCACCCUCAGAUGCUGGAUCUCGUGCGCCACAACAGGUGGCUGGAGGAGGACCCCGGCACGCUGGAGCUGCUCUGCAGGAUACAGGCCUCCUCCCUGAAGAGGUCGGGCAAGAAGCAGGACGGUCCCCAGGAGGAUCCGCAGGAGGCAAGAAUGCGAGACAUGCUGGUGAGUGGGAUGAACACGCUCGCUGGCGCGAAGAAGUGUAAGUUGCCUGGGGGUCUCCUGGAGAUGAUUACGGCGAUCUGCACUCCUACCACCGACAAGGCCAGGGAGAUGAGAGUAAAGUGGCAGAAGAAGGAGUACGCAAAAGAGGCGCUCCUGGAGUCGAUGUUCCCAGAGCUCAGGGAUUCAAGGGAUGCACUCGACGACGUCGGGGGCUGGAAGGACAUCCUCAUGUUUGCGGGGAUCUUUCUGCUGCUUAUCUUCGGCACGGUGGCGGAUUGUACUCAUGCUCUACAUGCCAACCUCCGAGAAUCGGAAAAACGCAUCCUGGGGGACACCGUACGGGUUCAAGUGGCUCUUCGGCGAGCCGACCCCGAAUAA